UCUGUACGUCAUUCCGGUCCGUGCGUGAGUCGUGGUUGGUUACUCGUUCAGGUCGGAAACUUGCAAUGUAAGAUACACGAAAUUUGAACGGGAACAAACAUUCUUAACAUGACACGUAUUAUUACUAAAAGAAAACCAAUUUUUGUUUUACAGGCAAUCAGUAGGUACGUAAAUACAGUGCCGUAAAUCUGCAAACGAUACUUAAUGCACAAAUAUAGGUUAUAAGCAGUUUUAAGACUGUUUUGCGAUGUUUUGUUGUUCAUCCGCGGUUUGAAGAGUUAUAGUAAAAGAAUGACAGUUUGAUUGUAUUCUGUGAGCGAAGUGAGCGGGAAGACAGAAGUGUGUUACGGAGUGGGGGAUGAAGUACACGUGACGAACAUCGCCACGUGCCAAGCCACGUCUGUCAUAUCAUCUUUUCGGUGAGGGAGGAGAGGCCACUAGAAGAUGCUGCUCCGAUGUCCACUGCAGUUGUCGUCAAUUCGGGACCUCCUGGCUGUAAUUACGUCCUUCUCCCUGCUGUCUGUGUACCUCACGUAUCACCUGGGUUUCUCAGCGGGUCGACUGCAUAACACUGAUGGCAGUGUGGCUUACAGUCGCCUGGAGUCUUUGUCUUACCGGGACAGACACGAUGAUUCCCCUUUCCACUCACCACUCCUUCUGGAUAUGCUGUCCAAGCUGGAGAGCUAUCAGGUAUCAGAACGGCAGCCCCUGGCAGUGUUUAAGGGGCACCGCGCCUUGCUACAGCGUGCUGUGGGGUUGUACUCCCGCAUAUUACGCAACCAUGGAUUCAGUGUUCGUGUAGAAGAUACCAGUAUGCCAAAUAUUUCUAAAACAGAGCACCUCACCAACUGGACACUGUUGCUGUGUUUCGCCUUCUCUGACGGGGAACCGGAGUGCUUCUCCAGAACGGGAUUCCGUACCAUGAGACCUCAACAACGAGUUAACAGAAUCGUGGGAGUCCAAAGAGUUCUCUGGAGGCGUUCGGGUCUGUGUAGAACUGCGAGUCAGCUGUCCUCCUUGCCGGCAUUAAUGUAUCGCCCCAUUGCACCUACCUGCUUCGCUCUGCCAGAUCAGUAUGAAGAGUUUCUCAACACUGCAGACGGUCCAGGGUUCAACAACUCGUGGCUACUGAAGCCGUCAGUGCCAGAAGGGAAGCUGGAGCAUUUGUCAACGAUGCAGUUCUUCAACAGAGUGAGGCUCAAGGAGUUCUCCGAGAACCAGGAACUUAUAGUACAACAGUUUCUCCCAAAUCAGCUCCAUGUCUUGGGAGUUCCAGUAAGCGUCCAGCUUUUCGUUUUAGUAAGUUCCGUAGCUCCGCUGAGGGCCUACCUUUACGGCGAAGGGUUCGUUCACUUCCGGCAAGGAGAAGAGAACAACUUCAGAAAGAUCCCGGGGAAAUGGUGGUUAGUGUCACAGCUGUGGCGCCAUGUGGCGGCCACCCAAGGCAGCAGCACAGUCAAGAUGGCUCUCGAUAAUACAGACAUGCUUUUGGUCCACCUGCUGCUGGGGGCAGAGGCGUUCUUGCUGGUGGAAAUCGCGAGCCUCCCUACCGCCAAGGAAACGGACUCUCGUUCCGGGGAACACGUGCAUUACAGGUGCGAGAACUGUUUCCAGUUAUUGGCUGUGGAAAUCAUGUACAAUUCGUCAUUUUACCCUGUGGUGUUGGGGGUGAGUGGACAACCUAGUUUAGGGGUGGAUUCCCUCAACAACUCAGCCCCGUCUGCCCCUCUAACUGCCGAAUCGACGAGCAGUCGGACGCGGGACAUUGUCCGGCAGUCACUGUUCUCGGACACGAUGAAACUCCUCUUCGCCACAGACUCCGUCCAUCGCAGUGUGUUCGACUCCCUUCAGGUGGCUGCUGAGGCGUUGAACACUGGGGUGACAGGACUACAGUGCCUUAUUUCCCACGACUUGUGUCUCACCGAAGAUGACCUGGCGUCGCUUCUCGCGUCGCGACGAGAAAUGCUCAAUACAGGAAACUUCAGGCGUCUGUACCCCACUCCAUCAGGAAGCCGAUAUUCAGGAUACCUGCAGGAACUACAGGCCCUCAUGCUCCAGGACACGAACAACGUCUUCCAGCGCGUCAAUUCCCUCUUCAGGGAGACUCUGAGGCACAGCACCUCGGAUCUGCACGGAAUACAGACGCGCCUGGAACAUAUACACAGCGCACGACACGGGAGUGCUGACGUCUCGGAAACAUUUCCGAACCCAGAAACAGAGCCCGAGGCAGAGGAGGAGUAUUCUUACGCAAGUGGCUCACGGUUGCAGCCCACCUUCAACCUUCAAAGUGCGCAGUCCCAGAACGUGGUUGAGAAACGAGAUAACUGCUCGCAAGACGAAGCCCUUUCGUCCUACUUGAAGUCUCUCGAUCUGCAGCCCUCAGUUGCCCUGGAUCCUCCAUUCACCCCUCUAUGGACGGAGUAUCGUGCCCACGUGUCAUAUGACGUCACUAUGGUACGAGUGAUUGCCACUCCUCUGCACUGUAACGUGCAAACGCGAUUUGAGCACCGCCUGGGACCUACUCAGUAA